UCUAGGCAAGAAAGAAGUUGGAUGUACAACCGACGAAAAAAUGGAAGUUUAGUUUAAGAUUUAUGAGAGGGUUGGAAGAGUUUUUAGAUUUUGCUCGUACACAAAGCAUGAGUUCUGAGAUUAGAUGUCCUUGUAAAAAGUGUAAAAAUUGUUGUUUUAAGGAAGUAGAUGAAAUAAGGGAACAUCUAAUGAGAAGGGGGUUUGUUGAAAAUUACUAUGAGUGGGAAUAUCAUCAGAACACAGAGAUAGGAACAACAUCUGAUGUUGCAGCGGAAGUCGGAGAGCAAUCGUCAAACAAUCCAAAUCCAUACGCACAAAUGGUGCAUGAUGCAGCAGCAAGUGUGUUUGCAGGCAAUUACCAUCACUUUUUUCCCUCACAGUAUAAUGUAGAGUCAGUAGAUAAUGAACCACCGGUACACGUUGACGAAAAUCCAAACCCACAGUGUCAACAAUUUUUUGAAAUGUUAAAUUCUGUAAAUAGUCCUCUGUAUGAAGGUUGUAAAAAUCACACGAAGAUGUCUAUUAUUGGUCGACUUACAAACCUGAAGACAGACCAUCGUCUCACUGAGAGGUGUUACGACGAUAUUUGUGGUAUUGUCAACGAAGUGUUACCAGAAGAGAAUACGAUGGUAAACAACUUCUACGAAACGAAAAAACAAAUAGCUGCUCUUGGAUUACCUGUUGAGAAGAUAGAUUGUUGUCCUAACGGAUGUUUGAUAUAUUGGGGGAAUAAUGCGAAUGCAACUUGCUGUUACAUUUGUGAAACUUCUAGAUGGAGAAGAAACAGUAAGGGUGAUAAGGUUUCGCGGAAACAAUUUCAUUAUUUUCCCCUAGGGCCCAGAUUACAAAGAUUGUAUGCUUCAGAGGCAACAGCUAAGCAUAUGAGGUGGCAUGCAGAACACCGCACUAAGGAUGGAGAGAUGAUACAUCCGUAUUUGGUAAGUAUUUUUUCAAUUAAGAUUUCUUAUCUUUUCUUAGUUUUAAGUCGUUUUUUUUAAUUAUUUCAGGAACAAUCACAAGGUCAAAGACCCACGCCCUACGAAAUAUUUACCCGAACGCAUGGGAUCUUUGACAAUGACACAGGAGAUUGUUCCCAAUGGACAAAUAGCAAGUCACAAAAAGUUAAUGUUGAAUAUCGUUCUUUGAUGGAGGAGCAUCCAACUCGCGACCCAAGUAAAGUUUGGUUGGAUGCAAUAAAAAACGUAGAAAGCGGGUCAAAUAAAAAAUACAAAAAAAGCAAAGAGGUUUUUGGGGUUGGUUCCGCCUCUCAGAUUAUUUAUCCUCCCGAGCCAACGGAUAUUCCGUCUUCUCAGCCAGCACCACCUGAUUAUGACGCCAUUAUACAACAAAGGUUUGCGGACUUAGAAGCCCGGCAAAUGGAGUUUAAUAAUCAAUUAUGGGAAGCGAUUCGAAGAGGAAAUGCUCAGACAGCCUAUGAGAAUCAUCAAAGGAUGACUGAACAAUUAGCACGAGAACGAGAAAAUUUUACGAAAUUCCUUGAAUCGCAUUUCAAUUUAAAUCAACCCCCUCCUCCACCUC